AUGGACCUAUUCUUGGUUAUCAAAACUUGUAGCUAUAUAUGUGUUUUUAAACAAAUUCUUUUGGGUAACUUUAAGAAAGCAUUAUGGGUUAAACUCACUGACACGUCUUUCUCUUGGCAUGGUACCUGGUACUUGCUAACAUCUGUGACCAUAUGGCAGGCCAUUCUCAUAGUUCAUGUUCCUGUUCGGUUUAGAAAAUUUUCUCUUCAGGAUACAUUAUGCUUUGUUAGAAAGUCUGACAAGGGUGUGGAUCUUAUUGCUUCCCUUUGUAAUACUUAUCAUACCUCAGAGGAUGACCUGAAGAAAACUAUAGAGAAGGCUAAUAAUUUGAUAGUUGAAAUUUUGCACAAAACUCCCUCUCCUGCUUCAGAAUGCAAUGCAGAGUCCCUUGAUGAUAUUAUUCCUGAUGGUUUCACCUAUUUUCAAGAUUUAAUGGAAGAUCACUUAUUAUCAACAAGUAUGGAAAUUCUGGAAAAGGGUUAUGAGAAAGCAAUUCGUGACACUGGUGAGCUAGAUGAACGUGUUUUUGUAGAUGAGGAGAGUAUAUUUGGAACUGGAAGUUUAUCAGGAGGUGCAGUGAGCGUGCCGGGGUCCAAGUGCAAGUAUGAAUCAUUCACCUCACCAACAAAGACCGUAACAAGCCCACCAUCACCUCCAAGUUCUCCUCCAGCUUCAAUUACAAACAAUAAUUUAGGCCUUUCUAGCUCAAAGAUGGCACCAACACCUGUAAGCAUAUCAAUGACUACUGCAAAAUGGCUCUGGACUGUAAUUGGUCCUUUGCCUCCAAAGCCUUCACCAGAGCUGCAACACUUCCUCUCAUCCUGCGACAGGGACUUAACUGAGGAUGUUAUGCAUCGAGCUAAUAUAAUCUUGGAGGCCAUAUUUCCCAGCUCUAUUCCUGGAGAGCGGUGUAUAGCUGGUAGCCUUCAAACUGCAACCCAGAUGGACAGCAUAUGGGCAGAACAAAGGACAGAAACUCUAAAAUCAUAUUAUAGGGUUCUGGUCACCAUGUGUAGGGCAGAAUCUCAGACAUUGCACAGUAAAAAUUUGACAUCAUUGCUAACAAAUGACAGGUUUCAUAGGUGCAUGCUUGCUUGUUCUGCUGAAUUGGUUUUGGCAACACACAAAACAGUGACGAUGAUGUUUCCUGCAGUACUGGAAAGAACUGGAAUUACUGCCUUUGACUUGAGCAAGGUGAUAGAGAGUUUUGUUAGACAUGAAGAAACUCUUCCUCGAGAGUUGAAGCGUCACCUUAAUACUUUAGAAGAACGUCUUUUGGAAAGUUUGGCCUGGGAGAGAGGCUCCUCAAUGUACAACUCUUUAAUUGUUGCAAAACCAUCUCUGGGUGCAGAGAUAAACCGGCUAGGACUUCUAGCAGAACCGAUGCCGUCGCUGGACGCAAUCGCAUUGCAACAGAACAUCACCGCUGGAAGUCUGCAACCUCUCCCUGCUCUUCAGAAACAUGAAACUUCAUUUGAUAAUCAUGCUUCAACGUCUCCAAAGAAAGUCAUCUCAGACCCUGCAGGUGUUUUACUCGAGCGCAAUUCUUUCACUUCACCAGUUAAGGAGCACCUGGUGAGCUUUUCCUGUUUCAAAACAAAGUUGCAGCCACCUCUGCAGUCAGCUUUUGCUAGUCCAACACGACCAAAUCCUGCAGAAGCUGGUGAAACAUGUGCUGAGACGGGGAUCAAUGUUUUCUUCAGAAAGGUCCUCAAGUUGGCUGCCAUCAGAAUCAAGAGCUUGUGUGAAAGAUUACAGCAACCUAAUACUGUAAUGGGGUGUGUUUACAGUCUCAUACAGCAGAUUCUUGAUCGUCAGACAGCUUUGUUUUUUAAUAGGCAUAUUGAUCAGCUUAUUCUUAGCAGCCUUUAUGGAGUUUCAAAGAUAUCAAAUUUAAGGUUGACAUUUAAGGAGAUUACUUUUAACUACAGAAAGCAACCUCAAUGUAAACCUCAGGUCUUCUGUUACGUUUUUGUGGAUUGGCCAUCAAGUAGUCACAAUGGGAAAACAGGGCAGGAUCAUGUUGAUAUUAUUACGUUCUAUAAUGAGCUGUUUGUCCCAGCAGUGAAGCCUCUCCUUGUGGAGCUUGGUCCUGCAGGAACUCCCACUAAAACUGCUCGAGCAUCAGAAGAAAAUAAGACUGAUGGGCAAGCCCCAGGAUCACCUCGAGUGUCAUUGUUUCCUAGUCUUCCAGACAUGUCCCCUAAGAAAGUAUCUGCAUCACACAAUGUUUACGUGUCUCCUCUGAGAUCAUCGAAGAUGGAAACUUUGAUAUCACACAACUCGAAAAGCUAUUAUGCCUGUAUAGGUGAGAGUACUCAUGCAUACCAAAGUCCAUCCAAGGAUUUGACCGCCAUCAACAACCGGUUGAAUAGCAAUAGGAAAGUUAGUGGUCGGCUCAACUUUGAUGGGGCUGGUUUGGUCAGCGAUUCCCUUGUGGCGGGUUGUCUAUAUCCUCAAAACGGCAGCUCUGCUCCUGCUAUUGAUGCUGCUACUUUGAGUUCACCAUUGAAGCGCAAGCAAACAGAUAGGUAGUGCCUGAAUCCAUCCACCUUGCGCUGUUCUUUCCUAACCAGCCUAUUUUAAUAAUAUCUUCUGAUUGUCUUGCCCUCAACACGAAUUUUUGUUGAAGUUCGCUAUAUAUGUCAGUGUCCAUUGUUGGGACCCUGAUUGCGUCUGAAUUCAUUAAGUGCAUUAUUGAGCACGACAGCCGUGUCCUGUCCCCAUAUCCAAGGGAAAUUGCGAAGGUCAAAUAGGAACUAAUGCUGGCUGACAUGUUUCGUCAUUACUCUGUAACUGAGGUUAUUCUGUCCAAUCCGCUGCGAUGCACGGAAGAACUAAGAAACUGAGGACAAGUGAACUGGUGUUAAGGUGGGGAAGCUCAACUCCUGCCUGCUCCUAGGCUUUCCUAUGAUGUUGAUCCCGGAUCACGAGAGGAUCUUCUUCGUCUCUCUCCCUUUCUGACAAACGGGAGUUUAGUUUGCUAAUGUCUAAGCUUGUUAAAUGUGAAUUGUCUUCUUGAAACAUUUGUUGGUCCCCGAAUUGAUAGUUUUAUGUUUCAAAUGAGCUGUGGUAUCGCCAUAGUUUUAUGCUGCAAAUGAGCUGGGUAUCGCUGCGGAUGAAGCCGGAGUAGUGGAGACGGCAUUGAGACUGCGUGUGAAAGCUGCCGAUGUUUAGAACCAAAUGGGUGGUUAAUGAUGUGGCUGGAACAAUCAUGUGCUUAUAUAUAUACACACCGAUACAUAUGUAUGUGCUCAUAUAUAUACACACAGACACGUACGAAUGUGUAUUUCGAAUGGCAGUAUACAUUUUAAAUUUACGAUUA